AUGAGGCUCAAUUUAUGCCUAAUAGAACGCUAGUCUUGGUUAGAAAUUCAUUUUAGAGGACAAUUGCAGUAAAUUUAGGUUUAUGAAAUUUAUUUUGAGAUCCAAUUAUUUGAUAUGCAUCAUGAUAUUUCCUUUGUUAUUGAUUUGAGUUCCCAAAUAUUCAUAUAAAUAGAGUAUUGGAAAUCCUUCGCACUGCUCUUCUUAAUUAAUAAAUUUUAUGGGCAUGAUUCCACUUUUCUUUUUAUUGAUAACUAAGUUCCAUCUGACAGCGAGAAUGCUGAUUUAUUAGAUAAGAUGACUGAAAUUUCUAUACUCAGUCUCUAGAACUAAGUAAUCAGCGUAUCCCAAAAAUCUGACUUUAUAAGAAAUUCGGUUGAAAAGGUCUUUAAAAUAUUCAUCAAGGUUAAUGUUAAAUAAGGCAGAGGAGAUCCUUAGGGUACUCCAUUUGAAUAAUAAAAAAUUUUCUCUAAUUUUAUACGGAUUAAUACAUAGCAUUCUGCUAUGCAAGGCUUUUAAAAAGUCUAUUUCAUUUUGUUUCAAAAUAUUUUGUUUUUUAAUAUUCCAUGCAGUUUUGAUCUGCAGAUUGUAUUAUAGGCACUUGAGAAAUCAAUGAAGAUUAAUAUCCUAUUAUCCUUGCCUUGGAUGUUUUUGAUCUAUUCCUAGUCCAUUGAUGAAUCCUGUUUGAGGCUUUUAUAUAUGAUUAUUGAGAUAAUCUUAUAAUUAAGGAUGGAAUCUUAAAUCUAAAAUUUGUAUAAAGGGCUUAAUAUUACUAGGGGCCUAAAUUAGUCAUUUUAGGUAUAUUUGGAUACAUUUUAUUUAGGGGCCGCAAACGCGCCCAUCCUAAUCUCUUGUUUAUUUGGAAGCAGUUCCCAAGAAGAAUUUUUGAUGAAUUAAUGUGUUAGCCCAUCAUAAGAGAUGGCUUUGUCACCAGCCAUUAACCUUUGUAAUUCUUAGGUAUUUCCUUAACUUAGCUUUUCGAGAUAAGGAAUAGGAGUGGGUUCAUAUUUGUGUAAUUUAGAAUAUUUGCCUAAACUUGAAUACAAUUUGUAAAUAUGUCAUUCCCAUAAUGUAAUUUGUUGUCAUCAUCUAAGUAACUGUUAAAUAUCCCUCCGUCUCUUUUUUAUUAUAAAAUUGAUUUCUGUCGCCUUUUAUAACAAUUCUUUGCAUUUCUCGGCCAUAUCUAUACUUUGGCUUUAUUUGAUAGGUCUUAUCCUUAAUCUUUCUUUAGUAAUUAUUCUUUUAUUCCACAUAUCCUUCAGAUAAAUUGCAUAGAAUUGUUUAAAUGAGUUAACAUGUUUUUUGUUUAAUAUUUAAUUACAAGAAUUUACAGCUUUUGAUUUAUCAAUCUUAAUUAGGUGUUGUGGUAUUCUUUCUGUCAAGUUAUAGUUCAGGGUGAGAUCAACUAUUAUUAUUGCAUGGUCAGAUUAAUUAUUUCAAUGCACUUAUACUUCAUUUUUGUAUUUUUUGAAAAUUAAGAUGUGGUCUGUUUAUGAGUAAACUUGCUUUCCCAAAAUUACCCCUAUGAAAUGUGAAUGUAUUUUUAGUUAUAUCAGUCAUAUAAGGAAUUUCAAUCUUAAGAGUAUUAAAGUCCCCACAGACUAUUAGUAAUUAGGAAUGAAUUAGUUAGUUUAAUAUUUAUGUGAUUUUAUUCCAGAAAAAUUGUUGAUAUUUCUUAUAUUCAUAUUUACUAUGAAAAUAUACAUUUAUAAGAAUUAAUUCUAUAUUAGAUGA